AUGCAUGAAACAAAGAAAACGUACGAUUUGGUCAACAAAUCGGAGCAAGUUUUGCCGUUCGAGGCGGAGCAGUUUCCUGCGAUUCUCCGCCUCGUCAAGUGAGAAUUUCAGCUCCAUCUCCCUAUUUCAGAGUUAUCGAUUUUCAGGUGGAAAGUUCUCGAUAUAUGUGUGCUGAGUGUAACUUCACAUUCUAUCGGAGAAUUCGAACGAUUUCAACCGCUCAUCCCACGUCAUGAGCUACAAAUACUCGUCGAAAAGAUAAUGAACACUGAAAUUCCGCGAGAUCCGCUCUUGGUUAAAAUUGCGAACUCGAAGCUGGACGAAAAGACGAGAAAACAGGCGGAAUGCUACAUGCAAUUCAAGUCUGAGCACGCAUUUCAAGUGGAAAAGGUGAGAAGAUGAGAGGUGAUUUCCGGAAAGAAAUAGAUCAAUUUCAGAGGAAAAACGUCGAGUAUUUCUUCAGAAACGCUUUUUUCAAUGAAGAAGGGCUGCGUAUUGCGGAUCAGUUGCUUUUCGAUUACGAUCGUAAUAAUUCUACUCAGCAGCGCCCCGUUUCCAUUUUGAAUUAUUCCAGAGAGAACAAAUAGCCAUCUUUACGAAUAUCUGCACAUGACCAAGAUUCCUGCCAACUGGCACUCCUAUCAUACGUUUAUUGAAAAGUUUUUUAACGAGGAGGAGCUCGAGAACCCGAUCGCCGUUCAAAAACUCGAUAAAGUGGUCGGAUGCGCGCGGGGCAAUUCGAUCCUCGAUGACUUGAACGGAAACAGCUUGUUCAGCAGCCACUACAUGGAUUUGAAAAGUCGCAUGUCACGUUCUGAAUACGAAAUUCAAUCAAAUAUCGUGAGGAAAGUGCUUGAUGAGGGCCCCAACUACAAGAUUCGGAAGGAGAAUGAGAUGGGAGAGCCGAAAAAAGAGAGUGCGGUCGACACGAGCAGGAUCAAUACAGAAAACUGGACAGAGCACAAGUAAGCGAGAAAAAAGUAUUGCAAAAAAGGGAUCAUGUGAAUUCAGAACUCGCAUCUUAUUUCUGUGCAUUCCGGGCUUCAAAAUCAGCGCUAAUAGUGACAAGAGUACUCACGAGGACUGGUAUUACUGCCUGAUGGAGUCGAUGAGCAAGGACGCGUGCAAUCGGGCCUCUCUCUUCUUCCUCAACAGAAAUUACGAAGCGGAUCUAUGUUAGUCUGUCGGUUAUUUGUCUUUUUAAGCAUUGUGUUUUGAGUGGAGAGAAAGAGCGAACGAGAGCGUCAGAGACUUCUCACACUCAAGGGAAUCACAAAGAAAGAGGAAGGCAUCGGAGAAGAAGUCGUCACAGAAAUCCGCCGGCAACCCAAAAAGAUCGAGUAUCGUGAGUAUUCAUUUAAGCAAUCGUUUCCUAUCAUUUAUCCGUUCAGAACCGGAUGUGGAAGUGGAUUCUCUGAAGCUUCGCUCCUACCAAGAAGAGCUCGUUCAGCCGGCUCUCGAAGGACGCAACUGUGUGCUCGUGGCUCCAACUGGAUCAGGAAAGACGGAAGUGGCUAUCUACGCGGCAUUAAACCAUAUGAAAGAGCGGGAAACGCAAGGGAAAGCCUCCAGAGUACGCGAAUUCGUCUCGAUCAAAUAACUGAUUUUCUGAAUUCAGGUGGUCAUGUUGGUUCCAAAGAUUCCACUUGUCGGCCAGCAAAGGGAUCGUUUCCUGAAGUACUGCCGUGGCCAAUACAGAGUCGACGGCUUCCAUGGAUCGGAGAAAGGAUCUGAUGGCAUAGGAAGACGCGACGAAGUGCUUCAGAGCGACGUUGUCGUGAUGACUCCACAGAUUCUGAUGUAAAACGGCACAUCAUUUUUAAGAUAUUUUGAAAAUAUGAAUUUGUUUCAGUAAUAUGCUGCAAUCAGUUCGUCGAAGCGAGCGUCUCUACGUCUGCGACUUCUCCAUGAUCAUCUUCGACGAGGUUCACAAAGCGACCGGCAACCAUCCGUACGUCGGAAUCUCGAAAUUGGUGCAAGAGUGGGAGCACGAGAAGCCGCAGAUCAUCGGUCUCACGGCAUCUCUGAACGUGAGCACGACCGGCAACAUCGAUCAGAACAGAAUGCUCGAGAGCAUAUAUGAAAUGCUCGCAUUGCUCAACGCACCGAGUCUCAGUACGAUUAUGAAACCGGAGAACAUUGAGGAGCUGAACGGGAAAGUCGGACGGCCUGAUGACAGUCAGUUUCGGUCUCCUCCAUUCCUGUUCAACCCAUUUCCCUUUCAGCUGUGGAAGUGUGCGAACCGCCUAGUGAUGAGCGAUGUGUUCUCCGCGGAAACAUCCAAAAGGCUCUGUGUCUGUACCAUACGAAGUUGUGCAUAGAAUUGGAAAGACUCUCCACCUCGAAACACAGCUCCUCGUCAAUGUACAACUACAAAAACUUCAAGAAGUUCAAUCUGAACAACUAUGAAAAAUACGAAUCACUUCUUCAAAACGUCAUUCAGGACUUGAACAGAAUGAACACGGCUGAGAAGGCGAAUGCUCAGUUAUACACGAAGUACAUCAAAGUAGGAAACGAUUCUUUGCAAAAUCUUUCAAUUAUUCCGUUCAGGUGUACGUGCAAGCGAGGGGAAUCGUGGAGGUUAUGCCGCCGUCGGUGGCGUUCAAGUACAUGCAGGACUCCUUCCAAGUUUUGGACAAAACGCAUACUUUGGAUCAGUUCGACGACUUUAGCAAGAACUACGAAGCACUGAAACGGGCGUCGAACGAGGAUGCCAACCCGAACAUUGUGGUGAAAUUGAAGGAAACGCUCGUGAAUCAAUUCCGUAACGUUCCCGAAUCUCGUGCGAUCAUCUUCGUGACACAAAGAAACACUGCUCAGAGAGUUUGCGAGUUUUUGAACGAUUCUGGAGUGAUGAACGAGUUUAAUAGCGGAGGAACAGUCGUUGGAUACGUUCUUGGAAGCAACAAUCAGGGAAUUGUGCAACAGACCGCAGAAAUGCAGAGGCUCACGAUCGAACGAUUCAACAACGGAAAACUGAAGGUGAUUGUGGCCACGUCUGUCGUCGAAGAAGGUCUCGACAUUGCCGCCUGUAACCUCAUCAUCAAGUACAACUGCUCUUCGGACUCUCCCAUCCAACUCAUUCAGCAGAGAGGACGUGCUCGUGCGAAGAACUCGCGUUCUGUGCUGCUUGCGGUGCAUAGCAAAGUCAACGAUAAGGAAAAUAAUGCGCUGAUUGCGGAAAAGCACAUGAGGCACUGUGUGAGCACGAUCAUGAAGAGCUCGCAGAAGACAUUGCAAGACAAUGUUGAACGGCUGAAGAAGAAGAUCGAAGCUGAACGACAGAGAGAAUUGCAAGAGAUGCUCAGUAUGAGAGCCAGACACGAGAACAAGAUGUACGACUUGAAGUGUUGCAACUGCAGUCGGAGCCUGUGCGAGGGCAGCAAAAUGCGACAGAUCUUCUCGAACUACAUGGCAAUGGAUCCUUUCGUUUGGGAGAAGCUGUUACUGGAACCCAGAAAAAAAGAAAGAAGGAAUAAUCUCCUGUCCGAGGAUACUCAAGCGCUCAGCAACAUUCUGUGCCAUUGUAAGCAGGCGAUCGGAAAGGCGUACAAGAUGCGGUGGGGAUAGAUGGGCGGCAACUGAUUGUUGGAAUAUUCUUUCAGAGGAGUCUACCUUCCACAGUUGGACGUCAGAGCCAUUUCAUUCCUGGAGCGUGGCACAGGUCAGUGUGAGACGAAGGCCAAGUGGUCGGCCGUCGUCAAUGAACUGUUCUACAUUCCCGAAGCUCAACAAGGAGACUUCGUAAGUCAGUCUGUCGUUAAAUUUAUAUCAUGCAUUACUUCAGGAAAUAAUGUUGAAUGCGUUGGAUGGAUCGGAAGAUAAUUUGGUUAAAAAGCGGAUUCUCGAUUUGGACUCGCAACACCACAUGAAGAUGAUUCAGGAGGAAGCUUUGUAGGCCUAAUCGCUAUAAUUAAUCACAUUCGUUAUUUUCAGCAGACAGGAAGAUUUUGAUAGAAAAAAGCAAGAGCAGAAAAAAGAUGUCCGUCAGCAGAAAACGAUAUAUAGUGACGACGAAGAGGAGCCGAAUCAGCAGGAGUCGGAAUACUGA